UGAAGUCUUAAUUGAUACAACGACACAUUCAUUCGAAUAAAAAGAUAUUUACACAAGUUUUGCUGGCUAUUGUAGGCAAACAUAGUCGACAAAAUGAAUUUACAGCUUCAAUCCAAAAGCAGAAUUCUCGACCUUCAUUUAACCAGCGGCUUACAUGACUGGGACAUGAACGAAGAAAUAAAGUUAACGACGACGACUGAUCAGUUUUACCACGAUGACAAGCGGACUGACCAGUAUCUGGCCCAGUGGCACUACGCCAGAAUCUCCAGAAGAUCGUUACCAGUAACACCAGCAGCAGCUCACAGUUUCCAGCUCCCGCUCAGUGCCAGAGAGCCUGAAAUAGAACCUAAUCUGUGGUUGAUGGUGAAUCCCAGUUUAGCCUGCCCCAUAAAAUACCCUAGCAAUAGCCCAAAAGCCCCAACACCCCCAAAACAAGCGGUGUCAACGACGUCAAGAACCACCACGCCUCAGGAGAAAAGUGUCCGUCGAGUGAUCCUGCCUGAUGAGACGUGCCUGAAUGAGUCAAUACACGACACCUCCCUCUCCAGCGAGUAUCAGUUGACCGAUGAAGAUGACGCUUCCUCUGUAGACGUGCCCGUUUGUCGUAAGGUGAAGGGUGUUCGGAAGGGGAGGACUCCUAAAGCGUCCCCUCGCAAACUGGGUCUGACUCAGAACAGAAGGGUUCAGAGAGCACUGCAGGACAGCCUGAACCUGAAGAGCGGUGGAUGGCCUCGGCCUCCUGUGAACUACUGCAUCCUCAUCGCCAUGGCUCUCAGCAGCAGCCGACACGGCAGUCUCAACGUACAGCAGAUCUAUAACUUCACCAGAGAGCACUUCCCCUUUUUCAUCACCGCUCCGGACGGGUGGAAAAACACAAUCCGACAUAAUCUGUGUUUCAGUAACAGUUUUAAAAAGACCCCACAGCAGGUGUCUGGAGAUGGCAAGAGGAAGUCGUGUCUGUGGCACCUCACUCUGGACGGCCGGCAGAGACUGAGAGACGAGAUCCACACACUCACAGGAGAUUCCUUCAGAAUGCUGAAGAGGAGCAUGAACUAUCCAGAUAUGAUCAAAGCGUUGUUGGAGCUGUAAUCCUGCUUUGACCCCUGAAAAAUGAGAUCAUCAGGCUGGACGGCAAGACCUGCUAUGAUUUAUUCUUUAUGAACUUGUGUAUGUCAUCAGCUUUUCUUCCUUUAGUUUUGUUAUUUAUGUAAUUGUUUCUUUGUGUGUGUGCCUGUUUAAUUUUUUCCUCAAAUUACUAAUUUUGCCUUAUUAAAUAAACAAAUGCAUAUA